CAAGUAUUUCACGUCCAGUAUUUGUGUAAACGUCGUACAGUGAUUGGACGAACGCAGACGGAGGUAACGGGGUGGCGCCCCUUAAAAACCAGGCAGCGUCCCAGUGAGAAGAGGUGACACUCGAGUAAGGUUUGUGUCUUCAUCAUGUCUCAGCCACGGAGCUUCAGCAGCCAGUCCUACUCUCCACAGAGCACAUCCACCGCCAAGAGCCAGAAUCCGAAUGAAAACAAGAUAAACUCUACGGAAAAGUCCAAGGAGAAGGACCACAUGGUGGGACUUAACGACAAGUUCGUUGAGUUGAUCGAUAAAGUGAAACAUCUCGAGGAUGAAAACAAAAAGCUUGACACCAAGCUGAAAAUCCUGAAGGAGCAGGAUGUAUACGAGGGCAAAGUGGACGACAUUGUGAAGCAGAUCGAGAACGAACUGCAGGAACAAGUGGAGAUUCUGCUCAAUGACCAAGAGAAGCUACAGACAGAGCUCCGUAAGAACCAGGAGGCAGUGGAGGACAUCAAGCAGAGGUACAAGGAUGAGAUGCAAAGGAAAGCUGACGUGGAGAGUGAUUUCAUUGUUACCAAGAAGGAGGUAGACGACAGUCACUUAGAGGAAGUAGAUGCGGCUCUAGAGCUGGAGGACCUGAUGGGAGAACUGGACUUCCUUAGGGUUGGUUUCGAUGAGGAGACCAAAGAAUUGGAGUCUUUAGUCCAGAACAAGACUGUGAUCCUGUCAGACAACAGCAAACGGAGCCUGGACAUGGAUGAGAUUGUGGACGGCGUAAGAAAUCUGUAUGCUGGACUGGCCACUCGCAGCAGAGAUGAGGCUGAACAUUGGCACCAGAAGAAGAUGGAUGCUAUGGUGUUGUGUGCAGGACAGUCUGAACAGGAUGUACGUGACUUGAAGCGGGACAUCUCUGACAUACAGCGUCUCAUCCAGAGACUCAAUGGAGAAGUGGAGGUUCUUCUAAGGAAGGAAGAGUCUCUGAAAAGGGACAUUGACAGACUUAGGAGAGAGGGAAACAACAACCUGGAGAAGGCACGGGAGGACAUUGAUAACCUGGAGAAGGCCUUGAAGAGGGCCAAGCAGGACUUGGUUGAAAAGAUCUGUGAAUAUCAUGAACUCAUAAACCUGAAGAUCGCCUACGACAUUGAGAUUUCUACUUACCGUAAGCUGCUGGAGGGCGAGGAGGAGAGAAUGAAUGAACUGCAGCUCCACACAGAUUUCUGAAACAAACCAAUCCAGGAGGCAGACAUUCAUCUGUCAGAGAACCUGAAGUCCCUAAACCUGAACCCAAACACCCAGCCCCCAGGAUACGGCUCUUGGUCCGUGUAGAGGUUGAUUCAGACCGAGUGGUGUCCCGGAGUUUAUAUUAUAUCCAGGAUUGAAAGGGAACUGUUCAUCACUGCUUCAUUGUUACAACAACUAUUGGUGUGCCAUUAAA